AUGGACAGCGCCGGACGCGUGCUGCGUGUGCUUCGAGACUGCGAGCUCUUCCACAUGGAAGCAGCACUAACCAGACUCAGACACACUGACUCAAGAAUCAGAUCUGAGUCGCUGCAAUUGCAUAACGGCAAACACAACGCGGACACGCUGGAAACGACUGACGCGGCUCAAGUACUGGCGCUGUCGGACCACAAGCGAAUUGCCCGACUGGUAGCUGCUUUGCACUCGAUCGUCAGUGCUUACGACAGUCAAGAAACAGAACAAGAAGAAGACGAAGAAGACGAAGGAGCAACGAGUUUGAACCGGAACUUGGUAUGCACUGUCGCAGGGGCUGCAAUGAUGCAAUCACUGAAAGAUUGCACAGUGUCUCGAACGAACUGCUGUGUCUGGGGCCCACAAGCUGAUAAGCUGCACCUCCUACUGGACUGGAUGGUGCAGCGCGAAAGUGAUGCGGCAAUUUUGACCCGCGACUACGUUCGACGACUCCUGCUGGAACAGAUCCAGCCAACGGCCGAGAAGCAGGAUCAACUCACUGCUUGUCUGACGAUUUUCGAGCUAUUGCAACGGCGUCACCGCAAGUUGCCGACCUUCGCACGCGGUACUGCGAUCCUGUGCUUGUUAGGUGAUCGAGCUGAGAUGUACUUGAGCGCCACGCGUGCCGUUGUCGAGCGAGGAACAAUCCGGGUCGGUGACUCGCGCCACGUGAAAUUGUCGAAGCUUGCGCUGAUCGCCUUGGAAACACUUGUAUUGCUAUGCGAGGACAUCGCUGUGCAGUAUAUGACGUCGAAUGAAGAAGCGAAGAAGAUGCUGGUGGUAAAAGGUCUGAUGCGUGCGACAGUGGAGUGCAUUCGAUUUGUCUUGGCUGCGCUACGACGGUGGCAUAUGCACUCAAAGCACCGCCUGUUUCUUGACUAUGCGCUUGAACACCUGCAGUCGUACGCCACACCGUGCAGUGCUAUCUUGUCCAGCACGAAAGAAGCUGAAGGGAAGGCCGCACACGGCACAAACGUAGAGGCUACAGGUACACUGGAUGUACUAUGCUGGCACUGGAUUGCAGCUGCUCCGCUACUUUGCACGCGUACUGACACGUCCUGUUCGAUCAAAAAGACUCGGCCGUCAGAGACUCUUACAUCAGUCUUGAAGAAGUGGGCUUUCAGCUCCGUUCAGCCUAAUGCGAUGCGUGACUAUAACGCCAUUGCUGUCAAUCCAGAGGUACUCUACGCGCAACUGCGCUACGUGUGUAUAGCGAUGGACUCAAUGGGUGGAGUGCAAGGACAAGCCAAGACUUUUGGCGAGAUUUCUGCAGAAAUGAAAGCACGCUUUGUUUUCUUCUUUGCCCAAGGUUUGUCAGUGGCAGGCAAAAGAGGGGAUGAAGGGACAGUGCUCUUCAUUUUGAAGGUCCUGAGGACCGUUCUUUUGUCCAGGGACAUACGACAUCUGUUGAGCUCACAAAAUGACGAGCAAGCACUUCUUUCGCAAUUACUGCUGAUACAUGACAACUCCUCCGCGGCGCGCGGGGUUCCUGACAGAAUGCCACGAGGGCAAACAGAGCUGGAGUUUUUCGUGGCAGACUUCAUUGUUUCUCGAGAACUGUGUCUUACGGAGAUACUGAGACGCAUGCAAGACGCGCAUACCAAUGGCGACCAGGGCAUUUUGUCCUUAGUGCGGACAUUCUUGUACCGACUGGACAAAGCGACUGCGCAAACCCAGCUACACAAGCACUAUCGCACGGUGCUUACACCGGGUAUUGUAGGCCUCGCUGCACAUGAAACACGUGACACUCGCCAACGUGCUCUUUCUUGCUUGUCGUCGCUGGAUGUCGUGUCUUGCGUUGCCGAAUUGUGCGGACUCAACUUCCGCGGCGCCAAGAGCCAUGUGGUCACAUCGGUGCUCGGAUACCUUCUACUAGCAUCGACGCGAUAUUCCCUUGAAGUCAUGGUGUCAUGGUUUAUUGAUGCAUGCCAGUUUGGAAACACCCGAGUCCGUUCAAUUUCCGAAGAGAUCCAGGCAUCUCCUCACAAACUGAAUGACGUAAUGCAGCUCAAGGAAAACACUGGAGACGAGACGCAAGAAGUGCGGAACGAGUUGCUUUCGCUUUGUUUUGGCCCAAACGGAUGGGCCAAACAUGUUCAGUCCGCUAGCACUCGCAGUGACGUCUUACGUGUUUUGAUACAAAAAGUGUUUGACUCACCUCGUGACGCGGUGCUGUUGCGGAUGCUGCGUGAAUUCGUGAUGUGUGGCUGGGUGGACAACGAAGUUUUUAAAAUGGUGGGGAGGAAGGUUACGGCUCAAAUGAUGACUCUGCCGCGUUUGAGCGAGGAGUGCCUGGAUGACGAAUCCGCAUCGGCAGUAACGUCAAUCGAGGGAUUGCUGUUCUCCCGGUUGGCACCACUGCUAGUGCUUCGAAUGAUUCCUCGAGAUGUUCUUGGGACUGCUUGUGCAAAAUUGCUGCCGUGUGGACGCGAAGACCUGGAUCACCUGAACGAGCGUCUUGAGCAUCAGCUAAAGCGCUCUUCCAAUGAUCCAGAGAUGCUCUGUGUAGACCAGGAGGGUUCGAUACGCACAACACUCUUUUGCGUUCUCGCCCGCUCCAUCGUGGAUCCACUGGAGUUCAAAGAAGUAAAAAUGGUCGCCACGGAGUGCCUAGCAAAAUUCCCUCCGCCUCAGGUGCUGCCAUUCGUUCUUGCGUAUUUGGUUGUUUUCUUACGAGAAGAGGCUUCGUGCGGCGACAGUUGUGCUCCAUCUGUUGUAGCUGCGGAAAACGUUCCAGAUUCGUGUGGAUUGGUGACUGCCAAGUUGAUGGUCUAUUAUCUCAAUCGAGUGUUUUCUGAGGACGACCAUGCGAACAAAGAUGAAGACAUCGUAUCCAAAGCACUUGUCGUGCUGGUACGCAUCCUGGGGAUCCCGUGCACGCAACUGUCGAUGUCAGUAUCGGAUUCUCCGCCCGCUACUGAUAUCCAACGCGGCUGCAUCGAUUGUAUCGCGUUGAUACUUGUCGGACUGUCAGCGUGCGAUAGCGGACGAAGAAGCGAGAAAGGGCCGACUAUGAAUGCUCCAUCUCUGAUUAGCCUAUUGAUGGAGUGGACGUUCGACAGAGCUGGACGUGAAGACGUUGUGGAUCGCGAUGCUGAUACUUUUACCUCACGCAUGCAGGAAUUGAUGUACAAUAAGCGGAGAGGUGGUAGCCAGCACAAGUUAUCGCCACAAGCUCGAGUUUGCUUGUGCAAUGUUUUCCUGAGUGCUAUCUCACGAGCAGAAGACCGGGUUCUUGCAUACUGGAAAUCGCAGGGGCUUAUUUCGCGCAUUACGGUAGCAACCGGGUGUUGCACUGACGAUGAUGUUGCUGCCGGCGGUUUCCAGAUCAUUUUUGCGUUGUUGUACAAGUCAAGCGAGGUGAUUUCGAUGGAAGACAAAAACGAUGUGCAACUUCUUCGCAUGAUAUUCGACGCUACCAUAGCUUGUCUCAAGACUACGGAAUGCGAGUCGAUUGCGAUGAAUGGACUCAAGGUGAUUGGCGCUCUCAUUGGUAAAUUUCCGGGUUUCGUUGGAACGCUGGUGCCAGUUGAACUCCAGCAGCUGAUCGACCGAUGUUUGAUCAAGGUGCGCGACUUGCAGUUGUCACCUGCAGUGAGCACGCUUGCUCAUUCACUGUUGCAAGCGAUGGCGCCUCCGUAA